AUGAAAGCCACCGUGAACAAGCUCUUCUACACCGCAGGCGGAAAUAGACGUCGCCACGUCAGCGAGGAUAAAAUUGCCAAGGCAAUCGUCGAGGACGUCAUCAAUAAGAUCGCCCUCCCCGGGAAGCUUCGUGCAGCGAUUUCGCAGAACAACCACUCCACGACAGACCGCACAAAUUCUAGCGUCGAGGCUGCCUUGUAUCCGCGCGUGGUGCUCCCACAAAAUAACUGCCCGGACUGGACCCACCUUCGUCUCUUCAUCGAGUUCAAGAAGGGCGGUAUCGCGAAUGACCCAUUUGAUGACAAGAGUGACCACCCGGAGACGUGGGCACAGUCGCGACAGGACGUACGUGAACAGCUUCUCGCUUACGCCUCCAACACGUUCCAGUAUCAACACCGCACGGCACUGUACUCUCUCUUGAUCAACGGAGACAAGUUUAGAGGCAUGUAUUGGGAUCGCGCAGGGCUCAUAGUGACCAACGCGAUCAACUAUCUGGAGAAUCCGGGCUCGCUCCUUCAGUUUCUCUGGGCGUUCGCGAGUCUGUCGGACGAACGGCAAGGCCUAGAUCCCACCGCAACACUCCUCGUCGAAGGCUCUGACGAGUAUGAGCUGAUGGAUGCAUGGGCUGUCGAUAAUCCGGCGCUUGACAUGCCCUUCCAGGAGCUCGCCGACGUCUCCGAGUUUCCCGACUCCGACACCCUUCCUCCCCCCGGUGCAGCAGGGAAUACUCACCAGAACACAUCUCAGCCAUCACAGCCUCUCUUCAAGUACGUCCGGGAAAACUUACGGAAGUCUUUGGUCAAAGACUGGCCGCGUUACAGGCUCCUAGUGGGUGAAGACGAACAUGAGUUUCUCGUCGCUUACCCGGCCUUCGAAGCCACCUCAAUGUUCGGUCGGGGAACGCGUGGCUAUAUCGCCUGCGAUGUCAAGAACAACAAGUUUGUCUGGCUCAAGGAUUCCUGGAGGCCGUUCUACGAGGGCGUGGAGCAAGAAGGCGUCUACCUGGAGACGAUGGCAUCGAAACUCGACAUCAAGUUGAACCUCCCCACUGUCGUCGCGCAUGGUGACGUACUCCAACAAACUACAUACAUCGCAGGGUACACGACCGACGGGCGAACUCGAUCUGUGUCACCUCCUGCUGAGAGCGCAUCCGACGAGUCUACGCGCGGCAAGAAACGUCCCAGGGAAGAGGUGGAAGCCGAACCCGAGUCCGUUCGGGAGAGCCGAUUGCUCAUCCACUACCGCCUCGCCGUAGAAGAAGUCUGCAUGAAGAUGGGCGACUUUACAAAUGGCAAGCAGCUUGUCAAGCUCGUUUCAGAUUGCAUCAUCACGCACCGCGACGCGUACGAACAUUUCGGUAUCCUUCAUCGCGACGUCAGCACCGGUAAUAUGCUUGUAUUGCCCCGUAUCCGAAAGUGUAAAAGUGGGAAGACACGUGUUUUCUGGGAAGGAUUCCUGACCGACUGGGAGCUCGCAAAACACAUCUCCAAAGACACUGCGCUGCAACCUGCCGAGCCGCCCGAGCCUACAGGAACUUGGCAGUUCAUGUCAGUGGAGCAUGUUAGGCAUCCUGAACGUCCGGUCGGCGUUGCGGACGACCUCGAGUCGUUCUUCCACGUCCUCCUCUACCACUCUCUCCGAUGUCUUCGCCACACCCUCGAUGGUUUAGUGCAAUCCUUCGUCUCCGACUACUUCGACACCGUCUGGUAUGGGGACGAUCCGUCUGGCAAACAGAUGUGCAGCAACGCCAAAGUGCUCGCGGCCACCCAGGGCAUAAUUCCUGGGGAGACGACGUACUACCUCAAGUUCCUGAACGAUAGGGGCGUCUCACAGCACCCUCUCAACAACCUUUUUCGGACGUGGCUGGAGCUAUACAUCGCCCGCUAUCACAUACUCAAGAAGCAAGACAAUGAUCUCCGUUUCGGACUGAACCCCGUACGUGGUACCUCCCCUGCACAGAGGAGCGUAGAUGUUUCGGCCAGCAAAGUCCCGGAUGAUGAGUCUCGCAAUAUUGUCGAAGCCGAGUCGAAGCACCUGCAAGAACUUUACGCAGACGAUUCCGACUUUCAAGACAGCUCCGAUGAAGACAGCUCCGAUGAAGACAGCGAUAGCGAAGACGAGGCACACGUGGUCCUCAGGAAGAAAAGAGCGGCGCAGCUCGAAACCCAUUCCAAGACGAUUCGGAUCUUCAGGAGAUACCUUCGGAAAUUCCCUUGGCCUACUACGGACGUGGUGGGUGAUCAACUCGUCGCGACCUGCAACCCCACGAAGCAGAUUGCGGCCUUGAAACCAGCGAGAACGUCGAAUGCCGCUUGCGGGGAGACCCCGACGCCGUCGAAGAGGGCCAGAAUCGACCAUAGCGCCGAUGUUGCCUCAGGCUCGAGACCCACCUCAGCAGCCCCACCUCACGCCGCUCGCCCGAGUAACACCGCUAAGUCCAGAGGUCGUCGCUUUACUCAACAGCGCCUCACUAGAGCACGGCGGUAG